UCUCCACAGACAGGAGGGUGGGGACAAACAGCUGGUAAGUGAUGCCGUGAUCCGACCGCCUGCUCGGGCUGUUUUUCACACCAAUAAACGCCUUUCCCGGAGCCACUACAGGAAACGACCGAGAGGCCUUACAGAUAAUUUGUGCUUUUGUUGCUGCGGUCCGCGUUUGCAGAGAGACCUCUAUCUGGAAGCACAUUUGUUUCCGUUGAGUAUUAACUACCUCAGGCUCUGGAAACGGAUCAAGAGGGAGCCGUCGAUCUCGUGUGAUCCCGUCUCGUCCCGAUCCACUGUUCGGCCCUCCGAAAACCCUCUGACCGACUGGAUCCGUCAGAGCGGCUCAGGCCACGUCACCCUGUAGCUCACGCCAAUCCUCCGGUGUCACUGUUUUCCCUCUUCUGAAAAUUCAUAUUGUUUUUGCUGACAGAUUUUUAAGAUUUUUCUAUUUUUAUUAGAGGCCUACGGAAAGAGUUCGGAAAGAAGGGUUUUUCACUUCCGUUUGAAGGAUAGAUUAUGCACUUUUGGAUUUUCGUCCAGAAUUGAAGCUGUGCUUGUGAUGUGCAGUGAUUUCCCCUGCUCGUAAGGAACCAGUUCUAAUAGAAAAUACCUGAAGCUAAUUGGAGUUUCACUGGGAUAUAAGUGGAAACGUUUUGAUGUGAGCAGCGUCCAGAGUUGCAGCUGGGCUGCAAGAUUUUCCUCAACCCUUUCUUUGCACCGCUCUCAUCUCUCAGGAGUGGAAUACUGUCAUGACAUGAUCUUUAAGCUAUCUAUUUACUUGACUCCAGGAGACCCAAAUUAGGCAGAGUACUUGUGCACAUAAAAACAAAUUCAAGAGUUGUCUGCUUCGUGAGGACCGACUCUUCCUGGGCACGUUGGACACUUAUGUAUUGUUGCAGUGCGCAAGAAAGUAAAAUGGACUACAAGCUGCGCUUUUUGCUUGGCGGGUCCAAGCACAAAGUGCAGCAGCACCAGCAGUUCCAGUUGCCCGAACUCAGCCGGACCCUCAGCGCCCCGUUGGGCACGUCUUGCUCCACCCCUUCUCCCAUGGCAACGAUAGGCUCCUCCCCUUCCGGCUGUCAUGCCCCGCCCCCAGGCGCUACAACUGCGAUCGCGGACAUCCAACAGGGCAUCUCCAAAUACCUGGACGCGUUGAACGCGUUCUGCCGCGCGAGUGCGUUCCUGACCGAGCUCUUUGGCAGCGUGUUUCGGGACUCCCGUUACUCCAAAGCGGCUAUGCAACUGAAGGACGUGCAGGAACAUGUCAUGGAAACGACCAGCCGGCUCACCACAGCAAUAAAGCCCGAGAUCGGCAAAAUGCUGAUGGAGCUCAGCGCAGGCGCGGCUAACUUUAAAGACCAGAACGACUUCAGCCUGCAGGACGUAGAGGUGCUGGGCCGCUGCUUCCUGACGGUCAUGCAGGUGCAUUUUCAGUUCCUGUCGCAGGCGUUGCAGAAAGUCCAGCCGGUGGCACAGUCCUGCCUGGCGGAGGCGCUGGCACAGGUUCAGGAGAGACGUGGGAAUGCCCACACGCAGAACACAAACCCCGGGCCCCUGACGGAGCUGGAGGAAGCCAUCCGCUCAUGGAGAGGAGCGUCAGAGGUGACGGCGUGUCUCAGGGAGAGAGGGAGAGACGGCUGUCUGUCUGGCAUUCAGGUACAGCAGCUCUUCUGCUCUCAGAACACCUCCAUACCUGAACACCAGCUCAAAGAGCUCAACGCCAAGAUCGACAACGCUCUACAGGCGUAUAAAGUGGCGUUAGACUCUCUGGGUCACAGUGAAUACGCGCUGAAGGCCGGAUUUCACCUCAAUCCCAAAUCAGUGGAAGCAGCUUUGCAGGGCUGUUGCAGUGACGCUGAAGCCCAGCAGGCCGGACGGUUUCACACCACGUCUCAGCCAAUCCAGUGUGAAUUACCCACAAUUCCUGUCCAGAUCGGCUCGCAUCUCCUCCGAGGAGUUUCCUUCAACGAAAGUGCAUCAGAUAACCUCAAGCUUAAAACGCAUGCCGUGCUGCAGCUGAUCAAAGAUGCGCUGGACCAGAACGGCGUGGCGGUGCGGGACGACUCCCCCGUCACUGAGGUCCUGAACCAGGUGUGUCCCUCCAGCUGGAGAGGAGCCUGUAAGACCGCGGUACAGCUGCUGUUCGGACAGGCGGGACUGGUUGUGGUUGACACGGCUCAGAUUGAGAAUAAGGAAGCUUACGCCCCUCAGAUCUGUCUUGAAGGAUCUAAAGUUGUGAUCCAGGUUCCUUCCACAUGGUGUCUGAAGGAGGAUCCAGCCACGAUGUCUCUGCUGCAGCGCAGUCUGGAUCCAGAGAAGACCCUCGGCCUGGUGGACGUGCUUUACACGGCUGUGUUCGACCUCCACCGCUGGAAGGAGCGCAAGGAACAGACUUUGCCCACCAUUCAGAUCCAGCUUCAACGGGACACGACUGAUUACGGCGGCCCCGUGGAUCUCCCUCCCGGGAACAGCACCAAAUCCUCCAGCGGCCUCCCCAAAACCAUCUCCAAACUCACCUCACGCUUCACCAAGAAAACCUCGUCCAACUCCAGCGCGGGCGGCAGUUACUCCAUCCCAAACACCCCGUCUCGCAGCAGCGCCAACUCCGACGACAAAACCGCACGCCUGCACAGCAUCCUUCAGAUGAGCAGCAUGCCCUGCACCCCCGACCCGAGCCACACGCACCUCGCCAACGGCGCCGACGAGCAGGGCAUGAACCUUCCCACCGACCAGGAGAUGCAAGACGUCAUCGACUUCCUAUCAGGGUUCAACAUGGGAAAAUCCCAGCAGGCGUCUCCGUUAGUGAAGAGAAGGAACUCGGUUGCGUCGACAAAUGCGUCCGACUUGAAACCGCCGACCUCGCAAGUGUCCCACAACGCCGUGCAGACGUUAGCGCAAACCUUACAGCAGCAGACGCAACAGCAGCAGCAACUUCCUUCAACACCAAAACAACAGCAAACACAAACACAGUCGCAACCGCAACCGACCCUGCCGUUCUACCAGCAUCUCUUGCAGCCGAUUGGUCAGCCUCAGCAACAGCAAGCCCCGGUUUCUCCACAGAUCUCUUCCCAGCAGCCCCCGCAGCCGAGAGCUCCCAGUAAGUGGCCCCAGGGUCCGCUGGGCGGCCUGUCACCGAUCGGGCCCUUGACGCAGUGGCCCGCUCCGGGUCUGCCCGACCUCAGCUCUGACCUCUACAGUCUCGGGCUGGUCAGCACAUACAUGGACAGCGUCAUGUCGGAGAUGCUCGGACACAAGCCCCCGCAGGGACCGCGGAACAACACCUGGCCCAACCGAGACCAGAGCGAGCAGAGUCUGUUCGGGGUGCUGGGAGACUCCAUGCCCUUUGACCCUGCAGUGGGCUCGGAUCCAGAGUUUGCUCGUUAUGUUGCCGGGGUCAAUCAGGCCAUGCAGCAGAAACGCCAGGCUCAACAUGUCCGCCGUCCCAGCAACCCCCGCAGCAACUGGCCCCACCCUGAGGAGCAGCACAGGGGCUGGGCACACCCCGAAUACUACAGCGAAGGGGAGGCGGUCAACAGCGGCUGGUCAGCCAAUCAGGGCGAUUCAGCCAGUUCGAGUGACGAGACCUCCUCAGCCAAUGGGGACAGUCUGUUCUCCAUGUUCUCUGGGCCGGACCUGGUGGCGGCUGUCAAACAAAGACGGAAACACAGCUGUGGUGAACAGGAAGUGUGUACUCUGCCCUCUCCUCCACUGCACCACACCAGUGACGACAGUAACCAGGACAGCAAAACUAAAACAUGGCCUCCUAAAGCCCCGUGGCAGCACUCCUCACACACCAACACCAUGCCCAAUCCCAGCUCUUCCCUCUACCAGAUGACCAUCCCCUCCAGCCAAUGGGGCGACUCCAUGCAAAUGCUGCAGUCUCCGGUGUGGUCGACAGCCAAUGACUGCCCUCCAUCCUCCGGGAUCUCCUCCGGCUUCCCGUUCACACCACAACAACAACAGCAGCAGCAACAGCAGCAGCAGCAACAGGUUUCCCAGCACAAGAUCCUGAGCAAAGGCUUCAAAACCUUCCCGCUCAAACCCGAGCAUCGACCCUCAUACCUACACCAGUACUGAGCUGGACCCGUGCUGGGAGAGGUUGAACACAGGGUCGAACCGAUGACGUUUUAUAAUCCCAGCUGGGAUUGUUCAUCUUGUGGUGAAGUGUGCCGUAAACCUGGUCUAGACUCCAACCUUGUGAACUAGAAGUGUUUUUAUAGGGAAAUUUGCAUUUAACAUAGUGGUUAAUAACAUUUUUGUACACAGAUGCGUGUCCCCAAACAGAAACGUAACUGCCUUCCACGCUGUCUGAGCGAUGCAUGACUCGCGUUAACAAACAGCAGCAAGUCGGACCAUUUCACUGGCAGCCGCUUCGAGCUCGAUUCGUUCGGCUUCGAGUUUACACGCGACUUUUCCGAUAUGCAUGGCCACGUGCUCACUCACUGCAGCCGCAUUACGAAGACCCUGGGUCCCGGUUCGCCCCAUAUAACGAUACUGUGUUAAAAUAGCUGUAACUGCCAAAUGUCACGUGGGACGACCCCGACUGCAGCUCUCAGCUACUGUUCCAUAGCUUGUAAAGGACUCGGAAAAAAGACACAAAAAAGAACUAUAAAUAAUUUACUUUUUAUGAAGAGGCUUUGAGCAGGCUCGGCAGAAAUAUAAUAAUCAUAGCAGAGGUGUAAUUUGAAAGAAAUACACUACUUUUUCAACGUCUGACAGAUUUAAAACGAAAAAAAGAAAAAAAAAGGAUGUUAGCAGUAAGUAACUUUGUGCCAUGUUGUUUUGAAUAGCACUUGCAGAUAUUUUCUCUAACCAAAGUAUUGUUUAGAGGGGGGAAAUGGUGCUUGAAAUUUGAAAUUAAAAAAGAAACGUUGUUUGGGAGCGUAGUAGUAGUUAUAUCUAGAAAGAGAGAGAGAGAAGAAAAAAAUCCUUUUAUGAAAAACACAAAACCCUUCUGUAUGGUCAUCGUGUUUGUUUUCCCAUCGGCUUUCUUCAGAACGACACUAACACUUCUCAUAAAUAUAACAUUUUAUUCCUUUCAAAUACAAUAUAUUUCUUGUACAAAUAUUGACAGUAUUAAUCUUAUUUUUCUAUUUUCGUACACAUUAUACCAUUACUCUAUAAGUUAGCAUAAUAUAGGCUUGAUGAUAAGUAAAACGUUAUUUUCCCAAGAUGUGAAGCACAUUUGUUUUCCUUUCCUACAGAGUUUAACUGUACCUUCUUUCUACAGAGGUUACCAAAUACGCCAUUAUAAACACUAAUAAAUGGUUCUGGUCGGA